AUGGCUCCUAAGUUGAGAGGAGGGCGCGCUGCUCCCGCCGGCUCCGCUGCCCCCGGUAGACAGAGCACGCGUCUUGCUGCUCAGGCAGCACAACAAGCAGCCGGCCAGCCCGCCCCCGAAGAGCCUGCGUCUUCUGAGCCGGAGCCGGUCAUCAAUGCUGCCACUGACGCUGCCACUGACGCCGCCGCCGAUGCUGCCGAUGCUGCUGAUGACGAUGAUGCCGCCCAUGACACAGAGGCCUCUUUAAAUGCCUCCCCUGGUGAUAAUAAUGGUGACGAAAACGUCCCUGAUGGCGCUGCUCCAGAAUCCCCCAUGCCUCCUCCUCCAAGCUCCAGGGCUGGUCGCGGCACAGGCAAAGCCCCAGGUGAGCAGUAUGCUCGUCGAGCGACGCGCCGUGUCCCGACACGCGCGACCAUGCCACCCAGCCUAUAUUCCUUGCCGGGAACCCAGUCCGAUGCGAGAGAGGAACCUAUGACGCCGCAACAGGUAACCCAGGCUGUCACAUAUGGUCGCCCUCCCCAGGGAACCCCAAUCCUCACGCCCAGGACCAGAGACCCAAGAGUCAACUUGAUGAACAAGUUUGUCGACAGUCUCUUCAAGGCUUCCACGGACCUGCUGACCCACCUUGCUCUUGAGGGCCCUGAGAGGGACGAGCCAUGGAAGGUUGAGCUUGACGCUCACAAGGACGUCUUCGAGAAAUACUAUAAGUUCUACGAGGAGUCUGAAAGCUUCAUCGACAUCGACGUCGUCUCGGACAGGACAAAGGCUGCGGAAUCCCCCAUCUGGCCAAGCAUGACCAAGGCCGUUGCAACCGCCAACCUCGCACAACUGCUGAGCAGCAUCUACGGGCUGGAGGAGGACGAGGCUAUGGUCCUUGAGCGCCUGCCGCGGCUUGAGAACAUUGAUGGUCACUUUCCUGCUGCGUUUGUCCCUGGAGGGAGACAGGCCUUGGAUGCGUCGGUACCAGACGAUGGAAUCCUCAGGCAAGCCUUCCACAUUCGCACCCAGCGUUACAUCGAGACCCUUCGCGCGGUUCAGAACGCACCUCCGUCCCGGCUCUUCGCUCGCGUUUUUCUCGAUAUGGACGAGAACAUGGAUGACAACUCGAUCAACGACAAUGUUCAAGAGGCGCGCUUGAAAGCCUUCCCCGGUGUCGACAUCUACGACGAUAAAGCACAACAGUAUCGCGAAGCAAUCGAUAGGUUCCGCGCAAUGAUCAAGGAGAUGGAUGCCAAUGCCAUUGUCAGCCAACUAGACCAGGACUACCCAUUCCAACCCUUCCUGGAUGGGUUGAAGGGGUGGAUCAAGUCGUCCGAGGCCAAGAUCAGUGCACCCACUCAGUCUCUGUCCUUGAACGGCGACGAUUCCUACGCUCUCGAAGAGCAACUGCAGCAGGAAAUAAGGGCGGUGCAAGGAAAGUUCGUUUACGACGGCAUUCGCGCUAUCCAGCAGCACGUGAGGAAUGCCGGCAGCGGACAGCAGGAAUUUGAUCUUCCAGACCGGCAUUCACCUUCAGCGCCUUCAAACGCCAGCUUCAUCACAACUGGUACUGACAGUUUUGCUGCCCAAAGGGCCCGUGACCUUAGCCGAGCUGCAAUCACGGGAAGCGACGGCGCUCUGUAUGCCGCUGCAGCCGCCGACACUACAAGGCGAGCUCGCAAACGAGGUCGAAAGAACGGUGUUGACGAAGACCCGGCGAACAAGCGAGCCCGCGCCGCUAACGCCUCUGCGAUGCCUCCCCCUCCUCCCCGCCAAAAUGCAGGUGGGGCAAUUCCUCCAUCUUCUGCGAUGCCUGAGCCGAUAGACGGGCUUAUCGAUGUCGUAGCCAUGUCCCGGGCUUCCCAACUCAUCUCAAAGGCCAACCGAAAGCCAUCACAGCCCAAGCAGAGGAGGCCAUGGACAGCACACGAUACCCAGCAACUUGUUCGAGCAGUGAAUGUAUACAAAGCGAAGUGGAGCACCAUUGAGAGGGCCAUCAAGGAAGACCAUAUUCCUUUCAAUGUACCAGAGCGUGAUCAGCAAGGCCUGCGCGAUAAAGCUCGCCUCGUCAAGGUCGACAUCUUGAAAACCGAUUCGCAUCUUCCGCCCGGGUUUGACCUUGUUGUAUUAGGCAGGAAGGAGAAAGAUAUGGUCAUUGCUGCUGGGAGGAACCCGGACCGCAGAGAAGAGGACAAUGAUCCCGACCAGGGCCCACCACGCAACACGCUUUAUGACCCCACGGCUCACCAGAGGCAGGCAGCUCACGAGGUGCCCACGCCGCAAGAAUACCAGAGUAUCGCCGCAGAUGCUGUCGAUGACGCCAAUCUCCGAGCCCUUCAAGAGGCUCAAAUGCAACCCGAGGCCCAGGUUGGAGGCGGAGCCCCCACGGCUCCAAUGUUGGCGCAAGAAGGCAUUCCUGGUACUGCUCCCAGCGAAUCUCUCGGCAACUUCGAGUCUCAGGACCCGCUUUCUGCCCACAACGAUGCCAUCAUUGACGGUGCUCUUUCUGAGGCAGGUCCGAGCAACGCGGUUGCUUCAUAG